CCCCGCGCCGCUGGCCUUAUCUCCGGGCACAGGGGCCUCCGGGGAGUGGCGGGCGCCGGGAGGGAGCCAGCGGCAUGGGCCAGGGGCCCCGGGGCACGCGCCGCUCGCCAGGCUGCGGGUUGCAGUGGCUGCUGCGGCUCGCGCUGCUGCUCAGCCUAGCCCGCGGCGUCAGCGGAGAGCCCGGCACGGACGAUUUAGAUGUCUGUGCCACUUGCCACGAACAUGCCACAUGCCAGCAAAAGGAAGGGAAGAAGAUCUGCAUCUGCAACUAUGGGUUUUGGGGCAACGGGAGGACACGGUGUGUCGACAAAGAUGAGUGCCAGUUUGGAGCCACUGUGAUCUGUGGAAACCACACAUCCUGCCACAACACGCCUGGAGGGUUCUACUGCAUUUGCCACGCAGGCUAUCGGGCCACAAACAACAACGAGACAUUCAUCCCCAAUGAUGGCACUUUCUGUGCAGACAUAGAUGAGUGUGAAGAUUCUAGCGUGUGCGGACAUGGAGGUCGGUGUAUCAAUAUUCCCGGGAGCUUUGAAUGCUACUGCAUGGAAGGGUAUGUGGCAAAGAACGGGCCUGAGCCUUUCCACCCACGCAUGGAUGCCACAUCAUGCACAGAAAUAGACUGUGGCACCCCUCCUGAAGUUCCCAACAGCUACAUCGUGGGAAGCUACAGCUCCACAGUGGGCGGCCAGGCCCAUUACCGCUGCAAAGAAGGGUUUCUCAGCAUCUCAGGAGAUAGAGUUUCACGAUGCACAGCCCUGGGCCUGUGGGAACGUCCUGAUUUACAUUGCCAAGAGAUCACCUGUGGCAGUCCCCCUGAAGUUCAGAACGCCAUCUUGGCCAGGAAUCACAGCUCCAGCCAGGGGAGUGUGGCGCACUAUGACUGCCAGGAGGGCUUUGAGAGCCCUGGAGGAAAGAUCCUUUCCGUUUGCACAGAGAAAGGCACCUGGAGUGAAAUCACAUUUGCAUGCACAGAAAUAAUGAUAGAAAUUCACGAUGUGACUGUGUUUAAUGACACCUGUGUGAGAUGGCAAAUAAGCCCAGAGAGAGUGAACCCCGAGAUCAUGUACUUGAUGCGCAUUGAAAGACAGCAGUCAGAUGCUGUGGAGUCAGUUUAUGAGGAGACAAUCAAUGUGACCACAGACAGCAGGACGCCAGAAGUGUGCCUGCGCCUCCAACAAGGAGCCAAUUACACCGUGAGCAUUUCUGCGGCCCCUCCCAGGCGCUCUGUGCCCGCCAUCCUUGGCUUCCGGACUGCUGAAGAUGGCCUCUUAGAAGACGAUGGAAUUUUCAAUGUUUCAGUAUUUAAUGAAACCUGUUUGAAGCUGAGCACACACUCUAGGAAAGCUGGAUCAGAACAAACGUACCAAGUGGAGGUUCUGGGGCAGAGAUGGUAUCUAGAGAGCUUCUGUCAUGCUACUUUCUUUAACGUCACAACGAGAGACCGAGCUCCUGAGGUGUGUUUAGAUCUGUACCCCGGGACUGAUUACACGAUAAACAUCACCCUUCUGAGACCCACUGAGCCUCGCUCCACACAGAUAACCUUAACAACCUCAGUGACAGCAAAAGAGACCAUCGCUAAUAUUUCAGUAUAUAAUGACACCUGCCUGAGAUGGAACAGCCUGAAGACAGCCGGUGUACUAGAGAUGUACUCAUUCCACAUUUGGGGCCAGAGAUGGUAUCAGAAGGCAUUUGUUCAGGAAAUGGUCUUCAAUACAACUAGCAGCAGCCAGGACCCAGAGAUUUGCCUGGACCUGCACCGAGGCACCGUCUACAAAGUUAGCCUCCAGGCGUUGUCCUCGGCCCUUCCUGUGGUCGUCUACCUGACAACCCAGAUAACAGAGCCCCCAAUUCCAGAAGUAGACUUUCUCACUGUUCACGGAAGGCCUCUACCACGCUUUAGGCUGAGGAAAGCCAAGGAGAUAAAUGGACCUAUCAGUUCAUAUCAGGUGUUGGUCCUUCCCCUGUCCUUGCAAAGCACAGUUUCUUGUGACUCUGAAGGCAUGACUUCAUUCUUUGGCAACGCUUCUCCUGCUGAUGGCUAUGUGGCUGCAGAAAUCCUGGCCAGUGAUGUUCCAGAUGACACGCUGGAGAUAUCUAUUGGAGACAGGCUCUACUAUGGGGAAUAUUACAAUGCGCCUUUGAAAACAGGAGACGAGUACCUCAUUCUGUUACGGAUCGCAAGUGAAUGGAAUAAGGUGAGAAGAUAUUCCUGUGCUGUCUGGGCUGAGGUAAAAGCCUCAUCACUCACAGCGCAGCAGAUGGUGGGUGUUGGACUGGGCUCCGUGGCUUUUGUGACCAUUCUUGCGUUCCUCUCCUUCUCAGCAGUGUGAUGGCUGAUGUGCUCAGCAUGGGAAGCACUUGAUGAUGCACAGAUGCUCUGAUGGCUUCUAGGCCCUUUCAUCGUGUGGCUCCCAUCCUAAGCCCUGGUGUGGGGCUGAAAGUUUCUCCAUCCCAGCAUGAUCUCAUUCCUGAAUUCAAGAUGGCAGCCUGAAUUCAAGAUGGAAUCUUCAAACCCAGGAGCAGUUCAUGUGUGUUUCAUGCUUUCUGGAUCAGUUGUAUAUCCGUGAACUUGAGACUCAUGUCCAAUGUAAUCCCACAGGCCGCAGACCCUAUGAGUCAGGUUCUAUAGACAUUGGACGUGGGGCUCUGCAUCUCCCUUUAACUAGUUCAUCUACUAAUUAAUUCAGGAUCGAUUCUUCUUAAUAGGUAAUGAGAUGGGCUUAAGUACGGGCUGGAAUUUAUGAAGGAGGACACUGGAUAAAGAGCACUGAUAUGGCUGGGCGGUAGCAGCACACGCCUGUAAUCCCAGCACUCUGGGAGGCAGAGACAGGUAGAUUUCUGAGUUCAAGGCCAGCCUGGUACAGAGUGAGUUCCAGGACAGCCAGGGCUACACAGAGAAACCCUGUCUAGGGGGGAAAAAAAGAACACUGAUAUGAAUAAAUGUAUCAAGCAUUUUAGGAUCAGCCCUUGGCCUACACCAGAAUGUACAAUAGCCCGGCCACUCUCUCAGGUUCCCUUCGCGGCUUUGAUAUAAUUCCUAUUGUUUGUGUGAGACCAAAAGUGAUGUCUGCUUUCCAGAAAAACCCAUUCUGUAAUUUCUUCCCCAUUCUUUUUUGUCCCCCUUUUCUUACCCAGUAUCUAUAAAAUUGUUCUCUGCCUCCCUUGAGAUGUCUGGGUUUGGUGGUAAUGUAGGACAGUGGGCUGAAGCGGCAUCCAAUUCAUGGUCAGCAUCUACAUGAAUUUUGGGGCAUAGGGGACAACGGUGAUUAACAUACCCUACCUACACCCCAGUAACCAUGGCUGAGACCGUGUCAUGGCCCGUGAAACAACAGCUACAGGCAGGGCUGGCCUACUCUCCAUGUGGAUACACAGGUAGAGAGUAUUAAGUAACUUUUAAAACCCUUGAGUAUUCUUCAACAUUUUUCUCUUAAGACAGCUCAACUCCAAGGUUGUGAUUUCUCUCUUCUCCCUCCCUCCCUCCCUUGCUAAACAUGCACAUGAGCAUGGGGAAAGAAAAGGGGCGUGGUUACAACCUCAGGGUGGAUCACAGAAGAGCAUGGAUCUAGAACUGCACCAGCAGGACCACGGCUGGUGUGUUCUCUGCUCGGUUGUGGGGUGUUUGUUGGAGACCUGGUACUAUGAUUUAUAUGUAAUUUGUUUCCACAAAACUCUUGGUGAAAUUUGAUUGGGGUGGGACUUUUACAAGCUGAAUUGAAUGUCCAGAGGUACUGGUUGCUUCCUUAUGGGACUGGCUUAGUUAUCACAAGAGCAUGUGUUACUCCUGAGUCUGAAGGUGUUAUGCGUUCGCUGUGCUUUGAAGAGACCCUCAUCAGAAGUCAGGAAGAUGCAUGUGCUGUGCUCUUGGGCUUCCCAGGCUCCUGAACCAUGAGCCCAAGUUAUCGGCUUCUUUGUUCUUUCAAAAUCCCUGGUGCUUGGCUACUAAAACACCAUCACACUGUUCAUACAGCCGCUCUAAGCUGGGGGGCCUGGGGCAAGGGUUCUACUCAACUGGGAAAAAAGUGUUCUGCUCGCUGGGCAGUGGUGGUGCACGCCUGUAAUCCCAGAACUCUGGGAGGCAGAGGCCAGCCUGGUCUACAGAGUGAGUUCCAGGACAGCCAGGGCUAUACAGAGAAAGCCUGUCUCGAAAAAACCAAAUCCAAAAAAAAAGUGUUCUGCUCAGCUGCAGAGGGAGGCAGUGUCCUCGAGGGCAGCUGCUGGCCCUUGCUAGUAAUAGAAUGCUCUGUCCUUUGAGUAACUAGCCACAGAUAGUAAUUAAGGACCAGUAUUUCCAACAGCUCUCAAAUUAUUGCAAUCUAGGGUAACUGUCCAAGUUGCCCACAUGGGGACUUAACAUAAUUACCAUUAAAGGAAGAAAUCUCACUGGUUGAGAUAUAUAGAUAAAAACAACUUGGGCUUAAUAACUGAUGAAAUGUUAGGGAAACUAUCAGCCUGUGGUACAGUGUAGAAAUGUAAAAGGAGUUCAUCCACAGCUGCAAAAAUAGCAAACACAUCAGCGCUGUCAUUUCCUCUGAUUGUUCCAAAUUACGCCGCCACCGCCGCGGAGCUGCUCUGUGCACACCCCCAAAGGAGCAGGUGGUGGGUAUUUGCAAAGACCUUGAUUCAUUUCCUGCCGUUCUUCUUAAAUGGUUUUCCCACAGUGUGAAGAGAGCAUUUUUACACGAUAACACCUUCUCCCCUCCUUAAUGGGACUCCCAAUCAGUGUGCUGAGAUGGAGUCCCAGGACCCAUGCACUGGAAGGAGAGAACUGAUUCCUGCAAGUUGUCCUCAGAACGCCUCUUGUGUUCUGUGGCAUGAGCAUGUCCUCUCUUCCUCUCUCUCUCUCUCUCUCUCUCUCUCUCU